CGGAGAGAAGGAGGGGGUUAGUGCUGCGAGGCUGUCAUGGCGACUAACAUCGAGCAAAUUUUUCGGUCCUUUGUGGUUAGUAAAUUCCGGGAGAUUCAGGAGCAGCAGUUCGGCAGUGGAAAGGUAGGCCAACAGAAUGGUGAAAUAGAUUCAUCUGAGGAAGUAAACUCUGCUGAUGUUACAAUUGGAGCGCUUCAGAAUGAUCCACUAGUACAGAAGAUAGAGCAAGUAUUAUCAGAGGUCUUGGGUGCAGAGCCACAUUACAAACCAGAUGCUGGACAGGACAUCGUGAAAAGUAAGUCUCGUUCCACUAAAAGAGGCAUACCUGAUGAAGUGCAAGAUGAAAUUCCAAGGAAGAAGUCUAAAAAGGACAAGAAACACAAAGACAAGAAGAAAAAGAAGAAAAGAAAGAAGGAGAAAAAAGAGAAAAAAUAUAAAAAGCAGUCAAAGGACUCAAAAUUAAACUCUGACCACAAAGGGUUUGGGGAUAUACAGCCUGCUUCUCUUUUGAAUCCAGAAAGCUUAGUUUUGAGUGCAGAGAAUGUGAAUGUAGGAUCUACAUCUCCUUUGAAACAUGAUUCUCAGUGGUUUACGGAAAAAACUGUGUAUGACAAUCUAAAUUCAUCUUUGUCAAAUUCACAUGAUGCGUCUAAUUCAGAUACCAGCAAACUGGAUGCAUCUGAAGAUGAUUCUGUAUUAAUCAGUAUGCAGGAACUCUGUGAAGUAGAGCUAACCAAUGAGAGAGAAUUGGAGAGUUAUACCUGCCAGCAUACCAACCUGGCUGUGAAUUUGCAUGUAGAGGAUGAAUCUUUAAAUACUGCUGAUAGCGAAGGAGAUGAUACCAGUAUGAAAAAAAUGGAACAGCCUGAGGCUAGUUCAGCAUUGCAGGUAGCAGAAUAUAUAGAUGUUUCUGAAAAUAGUCCAAAGUUCGUGGCUGUGGAGCUAGAAGACUUGGAAACCAGGGUGGAAUCUUAUUCAGUGAAAGCAAAAGAGUUGGACUCUCUCUCAGAAUCUUUGGAUCCAGAAAUCAUGGCACAACCAGAAACAGUUUCAUCUGAAAAGACUGGGUGUAAAUUCAUGAAAACUCCUUUGGAGACAAAUGCAGAAGCUAAAGAUUCAGUAACAACAUUGGGAUUUUUGGCUAUGGUGGUAGGGAAGGAUUUUGAAGCAACUUCAGAAUUUUUGAACAAAGCAAAGGUGAAAGCUUCCGAAAGAAGUCCAAAAGAUGAUGCACUUACAGAUAUGAAAGAUGAAUUAGAACAAGACUCUGAGAAAAUUGCCAUGAUGGAAGAUUUGGAAAAAACUCUACAGACACAGUCUAGGAUAGAAAAGAAAGAUUUGGAAGGAAUUCCAGAAUCUAUGUGUACAGUUACUGGAAAAGAUUUUGAAUCCUAUCUAGCACCUAAACCUAAGAUAUGGCCAGAAGAUUCAGAAGGAAGUACAGAACCUGAUGAAUGUAAACGCAUGGAAGCAUCUCUUGAUCCUGAGACAAUAGGAGUGAGAGAACUAAAAGAAACGUCUGCAGUUGUGAUGGAACUGAACGAUCCACUGAAAUAUCAAAAAUCUCUAGGAAUUGUAGCAGAUGUGAAAGAUUUUGAAAGAGCACCUGAAUUGGAGGUUAUAAAGAGGACUGAUUCUGGAACGUAUUUUUUUGAUACAGAAGUAGAAGCAAAACAUUUAGAAGCUGCUGUGGAAUCUGAGGAGAUGGAUGUGCAUGAUUCAGAAAAAGAAAAGUGGGGCACUAUUCCAGAAGGAGUGGUGUCUAUGAAGAAUCUAGAAUCUGUGGAAGCAAGUCGAGUUAAUUAUCUGGAAGCACCUUUUGAAACUGCAGUGGAAAAGAAGGGAGAUAUGGAUGUUCCUGAAGAUUCUGAGACAGUAGUUGAAGUGAAAGUUUCUGAAAGCAUUCCAAGAUCUGAAAAAGUUCCAGAGAGUAAUAAUUUAGAAACGGCUCCAGAAACUCUGGAUAAUUCUGCAAAAACAAAAUACCUGGAUGUUUCAAAGCACUUGGCUGUGACAGAUACAGAAAAUGAGACUGAGGUAAAUCUGACGGAUUUGAAAAAAAAUCCAGAGCAACGUUCAAUGACUUUGAAGAAAAUAGAAACUAUUUCAGAAACUCUAUACGUUACAGAAAUGAAAAAAGUGAAAGAUGAUUUACAGUCUGAUGUAAUUGCACAAGGAAAGGGUUCAGAAACUAAUCUAAAGCUUGAGGGGCAGGAAGAAGAGAGAGAUUUAGAUGCCGCUUCAGAAUCACUGCAUAUGAUAUUUACAAACUAUUCGGAACACAGUCUUGAACUUUAUACAGAACCUGAAGCUGUGAUGGAGCUGAAAAGUUCAGGAAGAGUUCCAGGAUUGCUGCACAUGGAGGAUGCAAACAACUCUGACGCACUGCCUGCUAGGGAAGUUGAAGAUCUAAAAACUGUAGAAUCUGCAGCAGUAGUAAAGUUGAAUGAUUUAGAAAAGAAAAUAGAAUAUCUGCACAGAGAAGUGAAAAAUAGAGAAGUAGACUCUAAAGCAGUGACAGAUGUGAAAUAUUUGGAAACACUUGUACCAUCUGAAGCUAUGACCAAAAGGAAAGACUUAAAAACUGUUCCUUAUUCUGUGACUGGCGUAAAAGAGAAGGCAUUGGAUACUACUGAGUAUGUGGGGAGCGGCCAGAAUGGUGCUGAGACAGCAGAACAGGAAAUUAAAUCAGGAUACUUGAAGGGGAAAGACAUAACAGAAAAACAGCCAUCUGCUGAUGUUAAAGGCCUGUUAUUCAUUUCAGAAUCUUUCCAACAGGUGAAUAUUAUAAGUUCAGAAAGAACUCCAGAAGUGGAUGCCAUACCAGUGGUACAAGAACGAAAAGAAACUGGAGAAUUUGUACCUGUUUUGGAUGUGGACAGCCCUAAUAAAACUUCUGGACGGGACAUGUCUGCACUAAUUGAUCCAAAAGAUACUUCCAAACUUCUGAAUACUGCAGCAGAUUUUGAAUCAAUUUCAAGCCACCAUGCAGUACAAAAUCUAGAACCUUUGCCGUUUGUGAAAACAAAAGACCGAGAAAUAAACUUAGGUUCUCAGCAUGCUUUAGAAGUUAAAUACACAGCAUCCAGUCCAGAACUUCCGUUUUCAGAUGAAUUAACUCAGUUGCAAGAAAAACAGAAAUUGGAGGAAAGCACAGAAGCAACAGGUUUUAUAGCAGCCCCAGAUUCUCCAUAUGCAUCAGGGAUAGAUCUGACUGUUGCUUCAGAAUCGAGUGAGGUUAAUGAAGUCAUAGAUUCAGAACAUUGUACCAAAUCUUUGUCUAUCGCACAGACAACUUCAGAUAACUUCCUGAAAACUUUGUACGUGAUGCACCCAAAAGAUUCAAAAAUAAUUUCAGAAUCUGAGAUAGUGGAUGCAAAGGACUUGGAGAUAGAACUGGAAUCUUCCCACAGACCAGGUAUAGAAACUGAAGAUCUCCCAGAAUAUGAAGCAGUAGCAGCAUCUCAGUUCUUAGAAAGUAUUGAAGAAUCUCCAAAGAAAAAUGAAAUGCAAGAAUCAAAUACAGAUUUUGGAAACAAAGCAUUGACUGCUCCAGGUUUGGAAGCAAAUUCAGAAACUGUGUGUGUUUUGGAUACUGAAAAUUUGGAAGUUGUUAAAAAGACGCAUGUAGUUCCAAUGUCACAGUUUACACUAGGAGUGAUAAGUAUAGAAGGAACUCCUAUUCCUGUCAAUGCAGCAGAGGAGAAAGACUUAAAAGCAUCUGAAAGAAUUGAAACAGCCGAAGAAGUAAAACAUUUGGUAGCAUCAAUGGCACCUGUAGACAUAGUGAAACAAACUUUUGACUUUGCUCUUGUAACAGAUACAAAAAAUUCAGAAGCAAAUCUAGAAUCACUUGCCAAAAAAGAUGUAAAUACUAAAUUUGAUUAUGAAGCCGCUCCAAAUGGUUCAGAAGUUUUUAAGAAACAUAAACCAACUGUAGAUGCAGGCAGUACAGAAAGCAUGUUGCAAAUUGUAAACAAAGCAGAAGAAAAGGAAUCUGGAACAGAUCUAAAACCAGAAGCAGCUUUAGUAGAAAAGUAUUCUGAAUCAGUCUGUGAAUCUGUGCAAGUUUCAGAGACUGAAGAUUGUGAUGCAACACUGUCUAUGUUUAUGGUGGAUGUAAAAGAUACAGAAUUGAAUUCUGACUUUGUAGAUGCUGGGGAGGUAAAAGCAACAACAUUGCAGUUUGAAACAACUUCAGAACCUAUCUGUGUGUUGCAGCUGGCAGAUUCAGAUAAUGUUGUGGAAUCUCUACUUACAUCAGGAAUGAAAGGAGAAACAUUAAAUUGUGAAAUAGUAUUGGAAGCAAAAGUUCCAGUACCUUCUGCAACAAAUCAAAAUACAUCCGAAUUAAAGUCUUCGGAGUCUGUGUGCGUGCUUGAAAUUACAAACUCUGAAGGAAUACUAGAGCUAACAACUCCAACAUAUCUGAGCUCGGCACAUUUGGAGUCUUCUGACACAACUGCAGAAAUUGAAGCAUUAAAUAUAAUUGAUUCUGAGACUCCCCUACAAUCAGAAACAGAAGUUAGAUAUUUUGAAUCAGUUUCAGAAACAGACUGUGUGCAGGAGCCAUUUGACUACAAAACUGUUCCAGAAUCUGAAUACAUUUCAGAAGAGAAAGUUUCAGGAACAACUUCAGGGGCUAUCUGCUUGAAACAGGUGGGAGUUCUGGGAACGAAAUCAGAAUCUAAACAUGCCCGGGAAAGAAAAGAUUUAGAAUCUUUAACUCAGUCUAUGUGUGCUGUGCAAGCAAGAUGUAUGGAAGAAAGUCUUAUAUAUCAAGAAGUGCAGGAUCUUUCAGAAAACACUCCACAGUUUCCUGGCACCAUGGAAAGAAAAGAUUUGGGAUCUACUACAUCAUCUGUGGUUGCAGAAAUGGGGAAGAAUUCAGACAAAAUACAGCUGCAUUUUCAUGAAGAACGUUCAGAAACAGCUAUAGAGCGUACACACAUGUCAGAUAUAACGGAAACUUAUGGAAACAUAGAACCAGUCUGCAGAACAGAGAGAAAACAUUCGGAACCUAUUGCAGAAAUGGUUCAUGUAGUAGAUAUUAAAAAUUUAGAAGCAAAUUCAGAAUUUAUGAGUAUGACAGAGUUGAUAGACACAGGAUUUGGAAAAUCUAAAACUGGUUCAGAACUUAUGCACUUAAAAGAUCUUGAAGCAAUUUCUAAAUGUGAAUCUCUUGGGAAAUCAAAAGAUGUGCAAAUUGUCCAGUCCCCUAUUGAUAAAGAAGAAGGAAUGUAUUUUGAGGGAAGCGCAGAAUCUUUGCUAGUUUUGGAGAGACCCGAUUCAGAAAGAGAUUCAACUUCUGUGCUUGUGUCAGAAGCGGUCUCUGAAGAAUCUCUGAAAUCUAUUCCUGCUGUGAAAGCUGAAGACAUGAAUGCAAAGGGCAUAGAAGUUUCAGAACAAAAUUCAGAAUGUGUGUGUAUGGGAGAGAUGAAAGGUCUGGCAUCAGUGCCAGAACAUGCAGAAUUAGCCCAAGCUGAGAAUUCUGAAAUGUCUUCAGAAGUCACUGUGGAGGUGAAAAAUUUGGAAGCAGCUUUAGAACCUUUGUGCUUAAGCAAGGAAAAAACCCCAGAAGCAACUACACUGGUGUCUUUGGAGGAGCAAAUAGUAAAAGCAUCUCUAAAAUCUGUUUGUGGGGCAGAAGAAAAUAAUUUGGCAGCAAGUCAACAGAUAACUGUGGAGGUAAAAGAUUCAGAAGCUGCUCUUGAACCUGUGAAAAUAGUAGAGAAGGCCCUGGAAGCAACUUCAUGUACUUCGUUGAAGGAUCAACAUUCAGAAGCUGUUCCAGAGUCCUCAGAGAUAAUGAAAGAAAAUGACGAAAGUAUUUCAAAAGACAGGAAAAGUGAAAAAAUAAGCAGCAAAAGUAAAGACAAAAGCAAGAGUGGGAAAAAAGCCAAAAAGAGUAGGUCAAAAUCUCCUUCCAAGUCAAAAAAACGUAAAAAAAAGUCUAGAUCACGUUCCACCUCUAGACAGACAUCUUCAAGAAGAGCACGCUCUAGAAGCAAGAAUGAUUCUGAUUCCCGGAAAAAGCAUUCUUCCUCACGUCGUAAGUCUAGAUCAAAAUCUGCUGAGAGAAAAGAGGACAAAGAAAGUUCACUAAGAUCUAGACGGAGGCAUUCUCGGACUUCUGAUCAUCAUAAAUCUAGAUCCAAAUCAGUUGAUAAAAGAGAAAGUUCACUACGGUCAAGGCGGAGACGGUCUAGAUCCUCUGAUCAUCGAAAAUCUAGAUCCAAAUCUGUUGACAGAAGAGAAUCAGUCAGGACAAGACGAAGAUUGUCCAGAUCCUCUGAUAAAAAAUCUAGAUCUAAAUCUGUUGAUAAAAGAGAAACUUUAAUAAGAUCAAGACGGAGACGGUCCAGAUCUUCUGAUCAUAAGUCUAGAUCACGAUCCACUGACAAAAGAGAAACAUCAACAAGGACAAGGAGGAAACGGUCCAGGUCCUCAGAUAAUCACAAGUCUAGAUCCAGAUCAGUUGACAAGAGAGAGACUUCAGUGAGGAGAAGGAGAAGGCGAUCUAGAUCCUCUGAUAAUUAUAAAUCUAGAUCCAAAUCUGUUGACAGAAGGGAAUCUUCGGUAAGGUCAAGGCGAAGAUGGUCCAGGUCUUCUGAUCAUCAUAAGUCUAGAUCCAGAUCAGUUGAUGACAAAAGAGAAAUUUUGGUGAGAACAAGGCGAAAACGGUCCAGGUCUUCUGAAAAUCGUAGGUCUCGGUCCAAAUCAGUGGACAAAAGAGAGUCUUUGAGGACAAGGCGAAGGCGAUCUAGGUCUUCUGACAACCGCAAAUCUAGAUCCAGAUCAGGAAACAAAGAGACACUGAGGACAAGGCGAAGGCGAUCUAGGUCCUUUGAUAAUCGCAAAUCCAGAUCUAAAUCUGUUGACAAACAGGAGUCUUCAGUGAGAGUAAGGAGACGAUCUAGGUCUUCUGAUCACAAAUCUAGAUCUAAAUCUGUUGACAAACGGGAGACUUCAGUGAGGGCAAAAAGGAGGUCUGCGUCCUCUGAUAACUGUAAAUCUAGAUCUAAGUCAGUUGAUAUAAGAGAGACUUCAGCAAGAGCAAAGAGUAGACGAUCUAGGUCCUCUGAUAAUCGCAAGUCUAGGUCUAAAUCUGUUGAUAAAAGAGAGACUUCAGCAAGAGCAAAAAGUAGACGAUCCAGGUCCUCUGAUAAUCGCAAGUCCAGGUCUAAAUCUGUUGAUAAAAGAGAGACUUCAGUGAGAGCAAGGAGACGAUCCAGGUCCUCUGAUAACCGCAAAUCAAGAUCAAAAUCAUUUGACAAAAGAGAGACUUCAGCAAGGUCAAAAAGAAAACGGUCCAGGUCUUCUGAGAAAUGCAAAUCUAGAUCCAAAUCUGUUGACAAAAUAGAGGUUUCAUCAAGGUCAAAAAGGAGACGAUCCAAGUCAUCUGAUCAUAAGUCUGUAACAAAACCUGGUGAAAAAAGAGAGUCUUCAGUGAAGUCUAGACACAGAAGAUCAAAAUCAUCUGAUCGCCAGAAGUCUAAAUCAAAAUCUAGGUCCAAAUCUUCUGAAAGAAAAAAGGAUAAAGACUCUUCAAAUGUAUCAAAAGAAAAGUCUUCCAAAUCUAGAUCGAAGUCUAAAUCGCCUGAAAAAACAGUGGGAACUGAAUCUUUGGAAGCUUCUGUGCAUAAUCGUGCAAAAUCGCCUGAACAUCCCAAAUCUAAGUCUAGGUCCAGGUCCAGAUCUCUGGAUAAAACAGAAGACAGAGACAGGCUGAGAAGAUCAAGAAGUAAAUGUUCAGAACCCAAAUCUCACACCCAUAGAACAGUAUCACACUCUAGAAGGAAUUGUUCUCGGUCGUUAACACGGAAGAGGAACUCAAGAUCAAAAUCUGAUCAUCGAUCUCGCUCACGGUCUCGAACUCGCUCACGAUCAUGUUCAAAACGCUGGAGGAGAACUAGAUCAAGAUCAGUGUCGAGACAGCGAUCUUUGUCAAGGGAGAGACGUAGGAGAGCUCGUAGAAACAGAUCAAGAUCUGUUGACAGAAGAAGGAGAAGGUCAGAUUCAAGAGACAGUUACAGAGUAGCUCUCCGAUUACGGUCUCGAAGUCGAACACCUGUGCGGCUGGGGACCUCUAGAUCCACUGGGAGAAGACGGAGCUCUAGUGUAUCGCCUGAUCAUCGGAGAUCCAGAUCUUCAAGCAGGUCACCUAAACGACUGACUGAUUUGGACAAGGCACAAUUACUUGAAAUAGCCAAAGCAAAUGCAGCUGCCAUGUGUGCCAAGGCUGGUGUGCCUCUGCCACCGAGCCUAAUGCCUGUUGUUACUCCAGAAAAGAAGGAAGAGAAGUCAGUUACCCAGAAGUCAGCAAAAGAGACGAUAAUGGAACUCACUGAGAAAUGCAAGAAGAUUGCGCAGAGCCAGGAAGAUGAUGUGAUUGUAAAUAAGCCUCAUGUGUCUGAUGAAGAGGAAGAAGAACAUCCCUUUAUUAAUCACCCCUUUAAGCUCAAUGAACCCAAACCUAUUUUUUUCAACUUAACUACUCCUACAAUAAAGCCAGCGCCUCCAAAAAAUCAGGUUACUUUGACAAAGGAGUUUCCUGUCUCUUCUGGAUCUCAACACAGGAAAAAAGAAGCAGAUAGUGCAUAUGGAGAAUGGGUUCCAGUUGAGAAGAACAAAGAGGAAAACAAAGAUGAUGUCUUCCCUAAUCCAGCUAAUCUGGAGCCUGUGGACAUCUCCUCUGCACUGAAUGAGCGGACAGUAGCUCAGAAGAGGCUUACUGAAAAUACUUUUGAUCUGGAGGCAAUGUGCCUGUUAAAUCGGGCACAGGAACGGAUUGAUGCCUGGGCUCAGCUGAAUUCUCUACCAGGCCAGUUUACGGGAAGUACCGGUGCACAGGUCUUGUCUUCAGAACAGUUAUCCAACAGCGGUCCCCAGGCUUGGAUUAAAAAGGAUCAGUUUCUCAGAGCUGCUCCUGUAAGAGGAGGAAUGGGCGCCCAACUAAUGAGAAAGAUGGGAUGGAGAGAAGGAGAAGGCCUGGGGAAAAAUAAAGAAGGAAGCAAGGAGCCUAUUUUAGUUGAUUUUAAGACAGAUCGAAAAGGUUUGGUUGCAAUAGGAGAAAAGACACAGAAGAGACAUGGAGCUUUCAGUGCAGUGAAAGAUCUUGCAGGCAAGCAUCCCAUUUCAUUAUUGAUGGAGGCCUGUAACAAAAGAAGAUGGUCACCUCCUACAUUUGUGUUGGUGACUGAUAAUGGGCCUGAUCAUCGCAAAUGUUUUCUCUUUAAGGUGAUGGUCAAUGGAGUUGAACAUAAACCUACAUUUGCCAGUCCUAAUAAGAAGCUUGCUAAAGCCACAGCAGCUACUGUAGCUCUUCAAGCAUUGGGUAUUGUACCAAAAGAGCUCUUGGCUAAUGCCACCAGCUUCAGGAGUGCCUCACGCAUUUAACUAUGGUUUUUAUAUCAACAUUUUGAGAUGAUUUUAUUCUGCACAAAAUGGUAUUUCCUUCCUGUCAUUGUGUACAUACAUUAGCAGUUCAUUGUAAAGAAAAAAAACUGUACAGACACCU